GCAGAUUUCAAAUUUCAUUUUAUUUUCAUUACUUUCAUUAAAUUUUCACACACCACAUAUACAACAGUGCGCUGCGUGCGGGUCGUGUUUAGUGCGGGGGCCGGGAGGGGAUCGCGGCGUUUGCAGAGUUGCUUCGCGGUCGUGGCGCCACAAGCUGUUUGACACGGACUGAGCUGGAGUUGUCCUCUCAGGUUCCAACAGCUCAACAAACCCACGCGUGGAACUCGAGUUCGAUUCCCGCUCACGGCCACCAACAUCAGUGACAAUGAUCUGAACAGGUCCUGGGCAUACCCCAGGUCGAAUCAGACUGAAAUGAGUACUGGUGUGGUGUGUAAAUAUCACCACUGGGCAGUCAAAAGGCGGGCGGACGUGGUUGUUGGCCAACCAAUCAUCAGUGCUUGCUAACAACACUUGCCCUCAGUCUGUCAGAGGCUAUGGGGGGGGGGGUGAUUUUGUCUUUGCAGUUCCACGGCGGACGCGGUUUGCCGCGGUCCCUCACUCUCACCGCCACUUCCAGUUCACGAACGCGCAGGAAAACUCCCGCGAGCAUCGACUUCGCUCGAACAGAAGCGCCACCGCAACUCUCCUCACUUAACGCAUACCGUGCUGUGGAUGAAAAUGGUCAUCUCAAGUUACCAAGCGCUGUGAAACUCACGCACGGAACCUACCUUAAUUUUGUCUUGAGAUAUUUAAAAAUUAAAUUCCCCAAAAUAUAAUUGCUCGUCAUUUAUUGUAGCAUAACUUUUAUGAGAUUGUUAUGUCAAUUAAUAGCAUAUCUUAUACCACAAUACACCAACCUUGUUUGUUACCACCAAUUUACAGCCUCAUCUUGCAUUCAUUCGUAUUUUUGUAGCAAAAAAAUGUGCCCGUAAAUAUAACUGCUUCAGUUCCAUUCAUUAUCAUGAGAGGUCUUUAACGGAAUUUGGCAUAUUUAUGGUGUUUUAAAAUUAUUUCCUGCAUUGAACAAUUGUAACACAAUUGAGUAAAAUAUCUGUUCAAAUAUUAGGUUUUUUAAAAUAAGUUAAGUGAAUUAUGUAAAGUACUUAAUUAAAAGUAACAGCUGCGAGCACGGAAGAAAACCUCGGCGUGAUCACGUCACGAGCCAUGUGGGCAGACGAGGGCGAGGAUGAUGACGCCGUCGCCAGCGGCAACGGAGCGAUCUCGGCCGUGGAGAGUGUGGACGGAGCUGUUUGUGCGGGGGCCGCGGAUCGAGGCGGUGCUGCUGCACCAGCGGCCCGCGCUGGCGGAGGCGUGCGCACUCCUCCUGCGUGAGCAGUGGGGGCUGAGCGUGCAGGCGCGCCUCGUGUCACUUCAGCGCUCCUCCCACGCCUUCCCCCUCUCGCUCGUGCUGCUCGCGUGCCCGGCGGAGGGCACCACCCCCGAGGUGCUGGGCCACAGUAAACUCUCGCUGGUCGUGGGCGAUGGGGCCGGCGUGCUUGCCGAGUCUGUGCUCAUCGCGCCAGCUCACCGUGGCCAGGGCCUCGGCCGGCGGCUCAUGGAGGAGACGGAACGCUACGCGCGCUCGCGCGGGAAGCACCGCCUCUUCCUCAGCACCCCCGACAAGCAGUGCUUCUAUGCCCACCUGGGCUACGUGCCGUGCCAGCCCGUGACAGCGGCACGGGCCGUCAACCGCCUGGUCGAUGCCCACUUCAUGGAGAAGCUGGUGCACCACUCGCCCGAUGGUCAGCGUUGGAGCCAACACGAGUCGCCCCCUGGAUCCGGGGCGGCGGCAGUGACAGACGAGGAAGGGGGGGUGCUCGGCGAGGAAUCGCCAGCACCACUACCAGCAGCAACGGCAUCGCUACCAGCACCUCCACCACCAAUACCGCCACUACCUGCAGUGGCAUCGCCACCAGCACCUCCACCAUUACCAGCACAGGCACCACUACCGAUAGCUCCACAACCAGCACCUCCUCCUCCACUAACACCACCACCACCCCCACCCCCACCAGUACCACUACCAGCAACAGCAUUACUACCAGCACCUCCUCUGCUACCAGCACCUCCACUUCCACCACUGCCACCAGCACCAGUGUCACCAUCACAAGCUUGUCCACCAUUAGUGCCACCAUCACUACCACUAGCGUUAACACCACAACCAUUGCUAGCACCACCAACGGGAUUACCACUACACCAGCCUACACCACCACCACCGCCUCCUCUUCCUUCAUUCAUCAGCCGUGCCAAAUUUGGCAUAGCCACCUUUGGCUAUGGCACCAUCAGUCUUUCCCCGUCUCCUGCUUGCACCAGGAAUGGGCUUGCCGUGCCGUCCUGGCAGCGGCUCGCUGGCCAGGCUUCGCUGCCUAGCUCCUCCGCGAGUGCGCCACUGUCAUUCGCUCCCGGGCAGCCCCAGACACUCGACUCAACGCCAUACCGCGACGCGAAGGGUCUGCCCGUCGUGUGGAUGAUGAAAAAUAUUUAACUGUCCCUUUUAUUGUAAAUCAGUCACCAAGCAGAUGUCCUCAAAGGCUUGUACUGCAAUGUAGGCUGCGACAAAAGAGACAGUUGAAGCAAGUCUCAAGAUGAAGAGGUCAUUACGGGCAAUGUUGCUCGGGCAGUCGCAUCUUGUCAGUGGCUUGACUGUUGUUAGCGCAGACUGUGCAAUUGCACUAGGACCUAUGGACUAGAGUGGCCCAAGUGCUGGACUACGAAGAAUGCAGAAAUUGGACAGGGAUAGGGCCCCCCGUUUCAUUUCUUGCGCCAGGGCCGGUGCCAUCCAUGCUGCACGUCGCCAUCACUUUGCUCUACAACCGUUGCAAUAGUGGUCACAGGAAAACCACGGUCCCUCUCUCUGAAUCGCACCAUUUGGCUCAUGGCUUCUCCUUGGUCACCGACGUCCGGGUGUUAAGAGACAGCUGACGAGCUUCUUGGCUCGAGAAGACCGAGGGAUUUGUAUGAGAGGUGUUUGGGCCUUGCAGGUAAUCUGCGUCCUAGAAGCCUAGCCAUCAUGGAAUCGAGCCUGAUGGUGCCAGAGUAAAAUUAAACCAAAGCUGCCCUGUUGGUCAUGUGACUCUGCACGAGUGUGCUUUUGCAUGGUGCUGCAUGAGGUGGGUGGCUGGCUCAUUGGGCUGAGAGGCCUGUGGUUGCUGUGCUUCUUGCCUUUGGAAAUCCAUCCCGAGUCAUAUUACGGAUGCAGCAGACACAGUCGAAUCUGCAAAGUGAAAUCAAAGAACCGCCAAACUGCAACGAUAGUAAAGCUAAAACCGUCACUCACAUACCCGACGAGUGCGCCAUCCAUGCACAUCCUGGCGGUAUCACUGCAAUACAUACAGCAUCUACUGCCACUUUGCAUUGGUUGGUGGACCUUAACAUUGAGCUAUGACAUCUAUAAAAAAAAAACUUGCUUUCCCCCCCAUAUGAAAGAAGAAUAAUGCACACCUGCAUACUUGACUGCAUUGCUCAUCCUUGAGCUGGGUUAAUUGUCCAGAGGUUUUUCUCUUUGUUAGUUUUAUUGUAAAACACCCUGGGUUGAGCGGCAUAAUGGUACUCAUAUAAAAGCAAUGUUUUGUUUUCAAUCUUGGAUAUGUUUAAUAUAAUCCACUGUUUAGUUAUAUAUAACGUCGCCGUUCUUCCAAAUUACAUCUCUCGCAAUCGCUGAGGAACCACAGAGCUGGAAGGCAGCAUCAAUCAGUUUGUGAGAACGCUGGCGUGACCAACAAUUGCCCAAGCUCUGUAGUAGAGUCAUCUAUAUAUUAAGAUAUUUUCAGACUAAGCAUGGGAGAAAACCUGAGCACAUGGAGAAACUCGGCACCUGCGAGGGAGAAACACUAUCCCAUACAGAAGGUACAGAUGAUAUCAGUCCGAACUUUGACCGUGUUCUGGCGAGUCGGGGUCCGGCACCUCCUCGAAACCCAUGGGAAGGAGGUUUUGCAACAUUUAUUUGAUCCACCAACCCAAGCUGACUGCCAAUUUCUAAAUUAUAUGCCACCUGCAUAGCCACCACCCGAAAAACUUUAGGCAGCCGCACUUGAUUCCUGGUUACAGGUUCCAAUCUCUUAUCGGUCGCAAAUCCUGUUUCUCACAGGCAGUGAAUUUGAAGCUUUCAGGCUGAUGAGCAAUUACUGCCACAACAAAGAUUUUUAAUGUUUAAUUUGCGUUUAUAUGCAUGUGAGCUUUAAUUCCGUAUGUCUUGAUAAUGCAGGCCAUAAGGGGAAAAGAGGCACGUUGUUUUGAAAGACGAGCCCUUAAUGCGUGCCAUUUGACACUAUCUUUCAUUUCCUUUGCAGUGAUAUGUCAUGUUUCCAGUGCAUACAACUCAGAAAACAUUUUUUUCUGAAAUCAAAUGUGAUAUGCAUGAGAUUUGUUGAAUUAAUAAAUAACAUUCAUUGUACAUGUA